GAAAGGGGGUGACCGCCACCAUGCCAGGGCGAGGCCUUGCCGGAGCCGCUCUGGAAACCCUAGAUCAGAUCUGCAUGUAACAGGCUAGUGACCAAGAUGCCCAGAGAAUAGUCCACAUCCCUCAUGCGUCACUUCUAGACACAUCCACCAGACUCUUCUCCUCCCCGGUCUGCCUGACCUGUUGCUUAGGGACGCGUCCCACCACUUCUGCCGACGUCUGCCUGGUCAACCAUCACUUCCUUGGAGAACAAGGAGGGAGGCAAACCCAUGAAAUCAUGCCACCAACAGCAGAAUGGCAAUGAGUGGGUGACGCUGAGUUGACGUCAAAGACAGAGAAGACUGAAGCCUCUGCAGCACCUGUCCCCCCAGAUCCCCCUCUUGGCACAGCCUGAAGCCUGCUCUGCCUGGUACAGUCAUCUGGGCUUGAUACGCUCUGAGGUCUACAGACAGGACCCUGGGAAGGCAGACGCCAUGGAGGAUCACCUAUUUGGUGUUCAGCAAAUCCAACCCAAUGUCAUCUCUGUCCGCCUCUUCAAGCGCAAAGUGGGGGGUCUGGGAUUCCUGGUGAAGGAGCGGGUCAGUAAGCCCCCUGUGAUCAUCUCCGACCUGAUUCGAGGGGGUGCCGCAGAGCAGAGCGGCCUCAUCCAGGCCGGAGACAUCAUCCUUGCAGUCAACGGCCGGCCCCUGGUGGACCUGAGCUAUGACAGUGCCCUGGAGGUGCUCAGGGGCAUUGCCUCUGAGACCCAUGUGGUCCUCAUUCUGAGGGGACCCGAGGGCUUUACCACACACCUGGAAACCACCUUCACUGGGGACGGGACCCCCAAGACCAUUCGGGUGACACAGCCCCUGGGUCCCCCCACCAAAGCCGUCGAUCUAUCCCACCAGCCAUCGGCCAGCAGAGAGCAGCCACUGUCAGUGGACAAGGCCACAGGUCCCGGGAAUGGGCCUCAGCAUGCCCAAGACAAUGGGCAGGAAGCUGGCUUGCUCUCCCACACCAAUGGCCUGGGCCCCAGGCCCCCACACCAGGACCCUGCCAGGAAAAGUGCCAGCCUCCAACGCAGUGGGGAGGACAAUGAACUGCUCCGAGAGAUAGAGCCUGUACUGGACCUGCUCAGCAACGGAGGCCAAGGCACCAAGGCAGGGGAACCUGCCAAGGCAGAGAUGAGAGAUGCAGGAGUCCAGGUGGACAGAGAUCUCGAGGGCAAGUCGCACAAACCUCUGCCCCUUGGCGUGGAGAAUGACCGAGUCUUCAACGACCUUUGGGGAAAGGGCAGCGUGCCCAUUGUCCUCAACAACCCGUAUUCAGACAAGGAGCAGCCCCCUGCCUCGGGAAAACAGUCCCCCACAAAGAAUGGCAGCCCCUCCAAGUGUCCCCGCUUCCUCAAGGUCAAGAACUGGGAGACUGACGUGGUUCUCACUGAUACCCUCCACCUUAAGAGCACGUUGGAAACAGGAUGCACCGAGCACAUCUGUGUGGGGUCUAUUAUGCACCUUCCUCAGCAUAUACGAAAGCCUGAAGAUGUCCGCACAAAAGAACAGCUCUUCCCUCUCGCCAAAGAGUUUAUUGAUCAGUACUACUCAUCGAUUAAAAGAUUUGGCUCCAAAGCCCACAUGGACAGGCUGGAAGAGGUAAACAAAGAGAUUGACACCACCAGCACCUACCAGCUCAAGGACACGGAGCUCAUCUAUGGGGCCAAGCAUGCCUGGCGGAAUGCCUCCCGCUGUGUCGGCAGGAUCCAGUGGUCCAAGCUGCAGGUGUUUGAUGCUCGAGACUGUACCACGGCUCAUGGGAUGUUCAACUACAUCUGCAACCAUGUCAAGUAUGCCACCAACAAAGGGAACCUCAGGUCUGCUAUCACCAUAUUUCCACAGAGGACAGACGGCAAGCAUGACUUCCGAGUCUGGAACUCCCAGCUCAUCCGCUAUGCCGGCUACAAGCAGCCUGAUGGCUCCACCCUGGGGGACCCAGCCAAUGUGGAGUUCACAGAGAUUUGCAUACAGCAGGGCUGGAAACCCCCCAGAGGCCGCUUCGAUAUCCUGCCACUCCUGCUCCAGGCCAACGGCAACGACCCUGAGCUCUUCCAAAUCCCUCCAGAGCUGGUGUUGGAAGUGCCCAUCCGGCACCCCAAGUUUGAGUGGUUCAAGGACCUGGGGCUGAAGUGGUAUGGCCUCCCCGCUGUGUCCAACAUGCUUCUGGAGAUCGGCGGCCUGGAAUUCAGCGCCUGUCCCUUCAGCGGCUGGUACAUGGGAACAGAGAUUGGUGUCCGUGACUACUGUGACAACUCGCGCUACAACAUCCUGGAGGAAGUGGCCAAGAAGAUGAACUUGGACAUGAGGAAGACGUCAUCCCUGUGGAAGGACCAGGCUCUGGUGGAGAUCAAUAUUGCAGUUCUCUACAGCUUCCAGAGCGAUAAAGUGACCAUUGUUGACCAUCACUCUGCCACCGAGUCCUUCAUUAAGCACAUGGAGAAUGAAUACCGCUGUCGGGGGGGCUGCCCUGCUGACUGGGUGUGGAUUGUGCCACCCAUGUCUGGCAGCAUCACCCCUGUCUUCCACCAGGAAAUGCUCAACUACCGGCUCACCCCUUCCUUCGAAUACCAGCCUGAUCCUUGGAACACGCACAUCUGGAAAGGCACCAAUGGGACCCCCACAAAGCGGCGGGCCAUCGGCUUCAAGAAACUGGCAGAAGCUGUCAAAUUCUCAGCCAAGCUGAUGGGGCAGGCAAUGGCCAAGAGGGUCAAGGCAACCAUCCUCUAUGCCACAGAGACAGGCAAAUCGCAGGCCUAUGCCAAGACCUUGUGUGAGAUCUUCAAACAUGCCUUUGAUGCCAAGGUGAUGUCCAUGGAAGAAUACGACAUUGUGCACCUGGAACAUGAAACUCUGGUCCUGGUGGUUACCAGCACCUUUGGCAAUGGAGACCCCCCUGAGAAUGGGGAGAAAUUCGGCUGUGCCUUGAUGGAAAUGAGACACCCCAACUCUAUGCAGGAGGAGAGGAAGUACCCGGAACCCUUGCGUUUCUUUCCCCGUAAAGGGCCUCCCCUCCCCCAUGGUGACACAGAAGCCCACAGUCUGGUUGCAGCCCGUGACAGCCAGCACAGGAGCUACAAGGUCCGAUUUAAUAGCGUCUCCUCCUACUCUGACUCCCGCAAAUCAUCAGGUGAUGGGCCUGACCUCAGAGACAACUUUGAGAGUGCUGGACCCCUGGCCAACGUGAGGUUCUCAGUGUUCGGCCUUGGCUCACGGGCGUACCCUCACUUUUGCGCCUUUGGACAUGCUGUGGACACCCUCCUGGAAGAGUUAGGAGGGGAGAGGAUCCUGAAGAUGAGGGAAGGAGAUGAGCUCUGUGGGCAGGAAGAGGCUUUCAGGACCUGGGCCAAGAAGGUCUUUAAGGCAGCCUGUGACGUGUUCUGCGUGGGGGAUGACGUCAACAUUGAGAAGGCGAACAAUUCCCUCAUCAGCAAUGACCGCAGCUGGAAGAGGAACAAGUUCCGCCUCACCUAUGUAGCUGAAGCUCCAGAACUCACACAGGGUCUAUCCAAUGUCCACAAAAAGCGAGUCUCAGCCGCUCGACUCCUUAGCCGUCAAAACCUCCAGAGCCCUAAAUCCAGCCGAUCAACUAUCUUCGUGCGUCUCCACACCAAUGGCAAUCAGGAGCUGCAGUACCAGCCAGGGGACCACCUGGGUGUCUUCCCUGGCAACCAUGAGGACCUCGUGAAUGCCCUAAUCGAGCGACUGGAGGAUGCACCUCCUGUCAACCAGAUGGUGAAAGUGGAGCUGCUAGAAGAGCGGAACACGGCUUUGGGCGUCAUCAGUAACUGGACCGAUGAGCACCGCCUCCCACCCUGUACCAUCUUCCAGGCCUUCAAGUACUAUCUGGACAUCACUACGCCACCCACGCCCCUGCAGCUGCAGCAGUUUGCUUCCCUGGCCACCAGCGAGAAAGAGAAGCAACGUCUGCUGGUCCUCAGCAAGGGCUUGCAGGAGUAUGAGGAAUGGAAGUGGGGCAAGAACCCCACCAUCGUGGAGGUGCUGGAGGAGUUCCCGUCCAUCCAGAUGCCGGCCACCCUGCUCCUGACCCAGCUGUCCCUGCUGCAACCUCGCUACUAUUCCAUCAGCUCGUCCCCAGACAUGUACCCCGACGAGGUGCACCUCACCGUAGCCGUUGUCUCCUACCGCACCCGAGAUGGAGAAGGACCAAUUCACCACGGCGUGUGCUCCUCCUGGCUCAACCGGAUACAGGCUGAUGACGUGGUCCCCUGUUUCGUGAGAGGUGCGCCCAGCUUCCACCUGCCCCGAAAUCCCCAAGUCCCCUGCAUCCUGAUUGGCCCAGGCACUGGCAUCGCUCCUUUCCGAAGCUUCUGGCAGCAGCGGCAAUUCGACAUCCAACACAAAGGAAUGAGUCCUUGCCCCAUGGUCCUGGUCUUUGGGUGCCGGCAAUCCAAGAUAGAUCACAUCUACAGGGAGGAAACCCUACAGGCCAAGAACAAGGGGGUCUUCAGAGAACUGUACACGGCCUACUCCCGGGAGCCAGACAAACCAAAGAAGUACGUGCAGGACAUCCUACAGGAGCAGCUGGCUGAGCGCGUGUACCGAGCCCUGAAGGAGCAAGGGGGCCAUAUUUAUGUCUGUGGGGAUGUCACCAUGGCUGCCGAUGUCCUCAAAGCCAUCCAGCGCAUCAUGGCCCAGCAGGGGAAACUCUCAGCAGAAGAUGCUGGCGUGUUCAUCAGCAGGCUAAGGGAUGACAACCGGUACCAUGAGGAUAUUUUCGGAGUCACCUUGCGAACAUACGAAGUGACCAACCGCCUUAGAUCUGAGUCUAUCGCCUUCAUUGAAGAGAGCAAAAAAGACACCGAUGAGGUUUUCAGCUCCUAACUGGAUCCUCCUGCCCAGGUGGAUGGCGGGGUGGCUGCCCCAAAUGCUCCAGCGGGGGCGGCUUCAGGUUUCGUAAGCGCGGACAGACACUGCUGAACCCUUCCUCCAGGACCCCACGUGGCCCCUGCUCCGCCUCUUGUCCUGUCUCUGUGUCAUGGUUUUCCUCCUCUGGGUUCACACCCCUCAGUGAUUUCCUUGGCCCUCCUGGGUCUUCUCCUUGAGUUUUCCUGCUGCAAUGCAAUGCCUUUAUAACCUGCGGUGGCUCUCACAAAACUCUACCCCCUACCCCCUUGCUGACAAGGGCAAAUCACGGGUGCAUGAAACCACUGCAACAUGCUGUCACUCCUGUUGAGGUCUGUUCUCUGGGCUCCCCUGGAAAGGCUGCAGGUGCUGGACAGAAGUUUUCUGAGCCAGUCCCUCAGCCACUGAAGUCCCUCCCUUAUCCUUUUUUAGGAUGAGGUUUCGGUCAUGCGUGUGUGUGCCUGUGACAGGCCUGGGUCUCUAUCUGUCCUCUUGCCUGUGCAAGUGUAUUGAUCUUAGAACUGAAUCCACUGCCGUCAUUGAAGACCCUCAGUGCCAAGAAAUGUGCCCCCGGCUCGUAUUAACUCCUCAUGUGUCUAUAAUUAAGGGUCUGUGCUAGUGUCUGCAGAACACCUGAAAGCACGCUCAUUGUCUUGGUUAUAAAGGGUCAUGGCAUAGGGAUUGGGGUGUGAUGAUUAAUGGUACGUAUCUCCCAAUGAAAGAGGGAAUCACAGAAUUAGAUGCACUUAAAUGCUGACGCCAGUUAGGGGAGCCUUCACUGUGAAAUGAACCCAUCUAAUGGAUUGAGCACAUCCCCUCCCCGACUUCACCCACUCCAGCCAGGAUCACCUGAUAUGGCCAUAUCCACAGACCGGCCCCCAACCCCACCCCAGGCAAUCCCAUCCACAGGCCUGGAAGUAUGUCUGAGAGCAUUCGGGAAAUAAGGAUUUUUCCGUGUUGCCACCAGGUGACUUUGGACAAAUCAUGUGUCCUCAGUUUCCCCUAGUCAUGAUGUUAUGAACCUAAAGAGUAUGAAUGAAUGGAACUUUAAAUUUUGGAAUCUAAAAACAAUAUCAAAGAAGAAAAUGUUUAUUAUUUUUGUAUUCCUGCAAGUGGGACUUGCUGCUUCACCCCUGGGGAUAAAAUCACGGAAGCUGGUUAGAGCUGAUUGGUGUGGAGAGGGACUCCUUAAUGAGGUACCAUGUGGCUUCUCUUAUAGGAACCACAUCUCAGGAGGGGAAGAAACUGGUCCUUGGGCUUUGGGCCUUCUAAAAUUGAUCUCCACAUUUUUUAACUUGUUAAAAUAAUUUUGACAAAUAAAACCCUCAACUCAUCAAAAAUGGGCAGUUAAGUCUUCAGUAGGAAUUAGGGUCUGGCAGCUUCUCCCUGGGAGGCUGCCUCUCAGUAACUGGAGGGCAAGGGGUUCCUUUCUCCUCUUAAGUGCAAAAAAUCGAUGUCAGGUCAGAGAGAGGCAAGAAAUUCUGGUGACCCCCAGCCUCAAGGGAUCAGCCCUGGUCCCCCCAGCAUGGAAACAUUCAGCCAGUACUGUCCUUCUGUUUUGUUUUGUUUCACCACAUAGAAAAAUGGCAUCUAUUUUAUAUACUGUGCCUGGGCAUUUCUUUCUUGAUGCUCAGUUUGGGGACCCACCAAAGAGAAAGUACUCUGGCCCUCUUUGGAAGGGCUUUACAAUGGGGCAACCCUAGAGGGCCAUGUUUCUCCUUUCUCUGUCCUCCCUGGCAGCCCCCACUGGUGUCCCAUCCCUGGCACAUAGAGUUUGACUUUGUGCCAGUUAUAAUCCCAUUGUUUCCUGCUCCAUCUUCCAUGGACGUAGAGACCAAACACUCGGCAUCCCCUACCAAUCCUCUGUAACCUGGAAGGAAGCCGAUUGUAAACCCCUUUUUUUCUGCAAACGCAAUUCUGGAUCCCAGUAGCUUUUUACCCAGGGGCUUUCUUUCCAGCCCUUUGAGCCUUUGGAGACACCAAAGUCACUAACUCCCCAGGGACUGAACUGCUAUGUGCAACCUCCAUCAAAGAGGAGCUGACCAGUGCUUCCCUCGCCAAGUCAACCUUUAGGCGCAAAUCCUUUUCCACCACUGAAUAAAUUCUUAGGAGUACUCACUACGUGCAGGCAUCUCCUUUCUAUAUAUCCCUGUCCUUCUAAUAGCAGGCAGACAGAUGGAGUCAUUGUCCCAUUUGGUCAGGGAAUUCAAAAAAAUUAUAUAACCAAAUUCAUCUUUCUCCCCAAGAAGAAUUUUUUUUUUAAGUAAACACCUUUCAACCCCAACACUAGCUGCUUUAUAACUCUUAGCCAGAAAACAGGAGACAAGUCUGAUGUGUUUCUCCCAUUUGCCAGAAUUUCUGAUCCCAAAAAGCCCCUCUGCAAUGAGGAGCCUAUGGAGAAGCAGAGUGGAGCUGCCCUGAUUUAGUCUAGCUCUGAUCCAGGGUGGGUAAAUACUGCCCUCUUGUGGUGGUUUUUAGUUCAGGCCCCAUCACCAACAGUAGGUACAAACUAAGGUUUAACAAUGGGUGAGCAAAAAUAGUGUUGGUGGGGCAUUUGGGGGUUACCCCAAUUGCGGCCCAUUUACUUCCCUCUCGCCCUUGAAUUGGCUUGCAGUAGCUCCACCCCAUUUCCCGAAAUCGAGUUUGGCCAGGAGAAAUGAGACAUCCCCUGAAACAGAAAAGCUGGGGCAUCGUGCUCUCCUGUCAUCACUAUGAACCCAAUUCCUGCUCCUGUGUCAUGGAAGAGCUGAAAUGGUUAAACUCCCUGGGAGAAGAGAAAGCUUCUCUUCACUUCUUUGGAGUGAGGCAGCCAGGUGUCUCUCUUUCGGGGGGAACGCUUCAGACCUACCAAAAUGAAGUUUUUGAAGCAGACCUGAGUCCAAGUCCUAACUCUGCUCCUAUUUAUGCAGAUGACCGUGGGCUGGUUACUUGACCUUUCUGAGACUACAUAUCCACCUGUAUAACAAGGUGGAUUAAAUGACACAGUGCCCAUAAAGUGCCCAGUUACAGUACCUCUCCCAAAAGGUAUCAAAUUUUAAUUUUUUGCUUAAUUUAUAUAAUAUCUUGCUGCUCCAGCAUGUGGAAGGCACCGUGGAGUGUGCAGAGAUAAGCAAAACACCGUUCCUUUCUUAUGAAGGGUAGAAUCUGGAGGGCAGAGACACCAUUCUUGGAAUUGACAUAAAUGUCUGGGGUUUGAGAAAUAGGUGGGAUCUCGCCGGUGGAUUUGGGAAGACAAGAGUUUGCCGGCA